AUGAGUUCACUAAAUAUAAAAAAAGAAAAAAAUAUUGUGGGUGUCAAUAGGAACACCAAGUGUAUUUUCAGUGAGCUGCAACAUGCAAGAGCUCCUCAGCUGGAUUGUGUCAAUCCUGUUUCUUUUAAGUUUCGACUAGAAGUAGAAGGGCUGACACUAGCCAUUGAGAUUGCUGAAACCCUCUUUGCACCACGCCUUGGGCCCAAACCGUUCACCCCUCCCAACCUCGCCGACACAGAGAACACCUUCUCGAAGGUAUUCUCCGUGCCGGCCGUACCAGGCCAAACUACCACAUCGAUCAGUCAAGAAAAAGAUAAAUCACCCACGGUAGAGGAAGUAACGGAGAAAACUGAGGCAGUCAACGGAAAAUCAGACGAAAAUCACACCAAGUCAGAUGUGGGUAACGGAAAAUCUGCUUCAAGCGGGGAAGAAGAAGCGAGCAGCGAUUCCGGGUAUGUUCCGAGGACUCCGAGCACCGCUGAACGUCGGAAGUUGUUCGAAACUAAGCCCAAUUCCAAGGAAAAUGAUCCUGAGGAGCUGGACUCUGUGGAUUUCGAAAGGGGAUCGUUGCAACGAGCUAGUAUCGCAGAAAGGAGGAAAAUGUAUGAAAACAGGUCUAUAUCUGUACAAGAACAAGGUUUGGAGAAAAAAGAGAACUCGCCGGUGAUGAUGCGCCGGAAAGAUUCUUUCAAGAAUCGCAAAAACGCCGAGGAUGUACUCAAAGACGAUAACAACAGAAAGAGUAUGCCUAUUGCAAAACAGCAAUCUCUGGAUCCGGUCGGUGUUAGAAAAUCGGAAGUAUCGAUGCCUACACCUAAAAGGACAUCAACAGUUUUUGUGCCGGUACACCGAGUACACCGAUUUAAAUAUCUGGGAUAUACAGUAAAUGACAAGUGGGACCCAGAAGUAGAGAUUAAGAUCCGAAUUGAAAUAGCAAGAUCCACAUUCAUCAAAAUGAGAAAGCUCUUAAGCAACCGCAACCUAAGCAUUAACCUCAGAUGGCGCGCCACGAAAUGCUACGUACUCUCUACGCUACUUUACGGCGUAGAAGGGUGGACGUUAACAGCAGCAACUAUAAAGAAAGUGACCAACACAGAGGUAUUAAGACGAAUGGGUAAAGAGGUGGAAUUGUUAACAACUGUUAAAAGGAGGAAAGCGUCAUACCUGGGCCAUGUGUUCCGUAAUGAAAAGUACAGUCUGCUACAGCUUAUCGUGGAAGGCAAGAUUGAAAGUAGAAGAGGUUUGGGCAGAAGGAAGAAAUCCUGGCUGAGAAACUUGAGAGAAUGGUUUCAAAUACCAAAAGCUGCGAACAUAAUUCAUGCGGCACAAAAACAGAGAAACCUAUCGUAUGAUGGUCGCCAACCUUCGGUAGAAGACGGCACAUAA